AUGCAGAUGUCCAGUGUUCCCAGGAGUCCGCACGUCUGGGGCCAGUUUCCUCCGGGAGUCAGAGGUCUUCAGGAGCUGCGGUCUCUCUGCCAGGUGCACUUUGCAGGAGGCCAGGCAGGGCUGGCUCCCAUGUCCAGAGGUCAGGGCCUUCCUGGUGGCUUGGGGGCUCCUUCAAGGAGCAGCAGCGUCACCCCCCGGGGCUGCGGGCCUGCCCCAGGGCCUGAGUGCGGCCAGGAGCCUCCUGGAGCGGGUGGGGUGGGGGCCCUGCUGCCUGCGUCUGUUUCUGUGAACUUGAGCUGCCCCGAGCCCUUCUCGCAGACGCCGGGCACUGACCUGCACGCUCACCCUGUUUUCACCCCAAAAAAGAGCUCCCGGCCACGUGACAGCAGCCUGGAUGACAUGGGAUCCCCAAAGCGGAUCCUGUCUCAAGUCAGCACCUCCCUCACGCUGCUAGAGCUGUGGAGGCCAAGGUCUUGGCCUGUUCGUGAACGAAGUGCACAGAGCAAGGCUCUGCCCCUCCUGCACAGCUGCCCUGGCCCCGGGCUCAUCGUGUCCCACACGCACUGCCCGGCUGUGGCUGAGGCCAGCUCAGGCCUGUCCACGCUGAAGGGUGGCCACUCUGCACUCCCAGCCCAGGGGCCCCAGUGCCUGUCGCUCUGUCUGCUGGAGGUUCAGAGACCAUGGGACGGAGGCCCCCCAGGGGCCUCCCGCCCGUCUUCCCGCGUGGGUCGUGCCUUCUCCGGCUCCACACGCCCCCCGGAAACCAGGGUCCCGGAGUUCCGCCCUCAGCGUCCCCUCUCCUCACUGCGGUCUCCCCGUGCUUCGCGGGCGCCAGGCAGGGACAGAACGCGCCUGAGGGGCCGAUUCUGCUCGGAGGCCCCAGGCAUCACACUGGCUUCCUCCCUGCCAGGGGUCGAGCUGUGCGCUGUGGCUCCCUCGGUCCUCCGGCGGCCCGGGGGUGCUGGUGCCCCCGCUAGCCGAGGAGAACCCGGGGCUCGGACACGCCAUGCGCCCAGGUCACCCCACGAGUGGCGCCGCUCUUGUCGGUCCAGCGAAACUGGAGCGUCGGACCGUAAAGCCUUUGCUGGUCCUGAGGAAACAGAAAGUCUGGAGGGACCCGGGAGGGAGCUGGCGCGUCUACGGGCCCCUCGGUCCUCAGGGGCCACAACCUCCUCGUUCCCUCAUCGGCACCUCCUCCAGCACGGCUCGCCGCCCGGCAGCGGGCUCAGCCACCUCCCUCGGCGCCCGCGGGCGGGACUGCCGGGGACGUCGGAGGGCGCCAAGUCGAGGCGGCUACAGGCCGCCGCCCCGGAGUCAGCCUCCCGGCCUGCCUCGCGCGCCGCCCUGGACUCCGCCUCCCGGUCUGCCCCGCGCGCCGUCCUGGACUCCGCCUCCCGGCCUGCCCCGCGCACUGCACUGCCUUGUGGGAGCCGUAGUUCGGGCGCGCGAUUCACAGCGCCGCGUGCGCCCCGGGCGCGCCGUAGCCACGGGGCCCCGGCCGGGCGCUACGCUACGGAGGCGGCGCAGGGCGCGGCGCGGGCCGGGCUGGGUCGGUGCGCUUGCCGGCUCCGCCACUCAGAGCGAGAAGCUGUCGGGGCCGCGCGCCGACGGCAGAGGGCCCGCCCGCCCUCCGAGAACAAGUUGUGGGCCGGCCGGCGCGGGCGAGCGAGCCGGGCCUCGGGGACUGAGGAGGCGCCGCGGGUUUGCGGAGGUGAGUCCCGUCGCCCGGGCCAGGCCGGGGGCGCGGCCUGGACCCCCGGGAAGCCGUGGCCAACGGGCGGCGCCUCCUGGGCACUGGCCGGUCCUGGUCGGGCUGGGGACGCUGCUGGAGAGGGGAGCCGCCAGGACCUCGGGCGCCGGGCAGCGGGAGACCAGCCCAGGGUCUGCAGACGCGGGAGGCGGCCUCAGCCCCUCCUGCCCUUGAGCGCCCUUAUCUCCGGAGUUUGUGACCAGACUGCAGACAACAGGACCCCAUCUAAGCCCCUGUGGGAGGACCCCCCGCCCCCAGAGCUGGGCUCCAGGGGAGAUGGGGUUCCCAGGCAGGGUCACCCCCCCCCCAGCACUCCCCCCCCGACCAAGAGUGCCCAGAAGGCCUGUGGCGUCCCUUUGGUGUCCUCGGCUCCCCGUGCCCAGCACUGCCCCGGCCGCACCAAGGCAGGUGAGGGGCCUCUAGGGGCGUGGGGCCAGAACGGCACCUGCAGCCUCCUGGGGAAGAGGACCGGCCAGCCCGUCUCCGCCUUCCUGGAUGAGGGGAAGGAGGGUAUGGGUGGAGUUUGGACUUGGACACCUGCCCAGGCACACCUGUCACUCUGGGUCACCCUGCGGAUGGCUGUGCUGGUGCUGCCAGGACGGUGCAGGGAGCUGGGGGCCACGGGGGAGCAGCGGGGACCUCCUGACGCCCCCAGGACACGCCGUCCCUCCAGUGAGGACUUGUCCGGGGCUCUGGCCUCCCUGCCUGUCCUGGCGGCACCAUCUCCCUCCAGCAGCGGCCCCGCUCCUGCUGUCUGCUUCCCCCUCCCUGGUGGCCGGACUGCGGGCCAGGGCUAG